AACUUCCAGCCCAAACGCCCUCACCAGGCGAAAAAGGCCAGAGCGACCUCCCCUUUCUUUCUGGACCUCCGCCGCCCUCCGGGAAAGGAUUCAACCCCUUCCUCGCUGUCGAGCCGCCUCUGGCGCCCAGGAAAGGUUACAGCAAUCACCCUGCCCAUACCUCCGGCCCUUCCCCAAACCCGGGCAAAAGGGGCACCGACUCGACUCAUCUGGGUUGUCCCCAGUUCUCCAGAGACCGUUUCACUGGCCUCACCUGUAGUCCUGGAACUUCUUCCAAAACCGCCAGGCCCGACUCCCUACCCGAACCGAUUCCCUCCCCACCCCCACAACCUCCCCUGAGCCUGGCGAGAUGUUCUUUUGAACCCUCUUCUCCACUCCUCGGAAGGCAAUACUGCGAGCCUAUCCACUCGGAUUCGCCCCGGUUCAGACUUAAGGGGUCAACCCCUCUCCCUACGCAGAGCCCUUAUUGCAGCUUUAGGAGAACACCUUGUCCCUGUCCCAGAAGCCCUUACAUUGACCAGAACACUUACCUCUGUUACUCUGUUCAACACCCUUCAGCCCUGAUAAGCCCCGAGACCUACCUUCCCCGCAUUCGUGUUCCUUUGGAAACUGGCUCCAUUACAUCACCUCUCCUUGGUCACCGACCCAUGGAAUAUAAACCUAUAAUUUCCCCACCCCUUUCUCACAGGGUUUUGGAGGGCUCACAGAUCUCCCCUCUGUACCCUCCCUGGUCCUCAGGGAAAAGUUAUAAUGAUCCCCUUCCUUCAGCAUCUUCCCCACCCACUGGCUGUCUUAAGCCUCCAGACUCUUGUGAACCGAAAUCACAGCGUGACCCACCCCUUGGGAACAGCUAUUGUGGCUCCCCAUUUUCUUCUCAGGCAAAUGCACCUGGCUGUCCUAGCUCACCUCAGGAGGGCUUAUGUCACUAUUCCCAUCCUUUCUCAGAGACCCACAUAUCUGCCCCUGGGAGCCCUUAUCGUGUCAUCUGUUUACCCCCUAGAAUUAUUGAUUCUUCUUGCUCACCCCAGUCCCCGGCUCCCAGGAAGCCUUGCUUUGAGCCUGUUUUCUCCCAGGAGACUGGUGGGAGCCCUUACCUCUUUUCUGGCACCCCAAUUUCUUGUUCUUCCUCUUCCCAGGAACCACCUCUUCCCCUGUCCUCUCACUGUCCUAAUUCUGCCUUCUCUUUACCUUCACCCCUGGGCAACCAGUUUAUAUCUCCACCUCAGUCAACUCCCCAUAGAAGCUGUAAUGAACCCCCUCUCCUUAUCCCAGUUUGCCCCCAAGUGAAGUCCACCAAGUCCCCAGAGUUAAAACAGCCAUGUGCUUCCCACAGACAUUGCUCCCCAGUCAACUCUGCCCAGGAUACUCCUCCUGACCAACCCAAGCCCCCUAAGGUCAGCACCCCUACUCCACCUCCCUCCUGCCCUUCUGGUCUCUCUGGUCCUUGUAUGGUGACACCCAUCACAACUUGUUCAAAUUCCAGCCCCAAAAAACUUCCCAAAGGGACUGUCUUACCUACUCUGGCCCCUCGAGCCCUCAAAACUGUUAACCCCACUUCCCUUCCCCUCUGUCUUCCUUGUGAUCCUACCUUACCCAAUAUUUAUGUUCAGAGCCAUUCCCAUGGACUCCCCCAAGGAGCCCCAUGCUGUACCCAUAUAUAUUCUGUGGUUCCUCCCACCCCUGAUCCCUGCCCACUAUCUGGUUCCACUGGUCCCCUUCAGUGUCAUAAUCGACCCAUGGUGCCCCCUUGUAGCACCUAUGGCACUCCCAGGGGUCCAUCUAAACCCCCUCGUCAGCCUGCAGAACCUGCAUGUUCUACCCACAUCUAUUCUUUUAUUCCUUUAAGAACACCUUUUGACUCUCGAAGUUUACCCAUUGCCCCCCAACCCCGGGGCUACCCUAAUACUGUGCCCUGUGGCCUCCACAUCUAUUCUGUGGCUUCUCAAGGCUCUCGCAAAGAACCCCGCCAGAUACCCUACAGCUGUCCAUUGCCUUCAUCCAUGAAUUCCAGCUGUAGCAGUAAUCCCAGCUGUAGUUCGACUGUUACUGCUAGUGAAUGCCAGAAUAGUGACAGCCAGAACAAGAAUAUCCACCAAAGCAGAAGUCGGAGCCGGUGUGAGAGUCCCAACCAUUCUAGCAGAUGCUGGAGUAGAAACAAGGGUUUCCAUCCUAGCAGAAGUCAGAGCCAGUUCAGGAGUCCUGAUCAAAACAGAAAUAAGGGCCAGUGCAAUGGCUCCCAUCAAAACAUAAAUGAAUAUCAGAGUGAGAAUCUUCAACAUGACAUAUUUUAGGGUCAGAGUGAGAGUCCCCAGUAUACAAAAGGCCAGGGCCUGAGCAAGAGUGCCCCUCAUAGCAAAAGUUUGAGCAAAAACAAGAGUUCCCACCAUGGCAAAAGGCAGGGAAAGAGCAAAAGCACCCAUCACAGCAAGAGCCGGAGCAAAAAUCGCCACCAUAAUGAGAAAUGA